AAUUAUCUUUGGAAAAUGCAAAUUUCACUCAUACAGAAAUAUCCUAAUCACAAAAGACCUAAAAGACCAGAAACAACAUCUCUCUCCCUCUCUAAUGGCGUUGCUGCUCCUUCCUCACUCUUCUCUUCUAUCUUCUUUUCAUUCUUCGCACAUCCGAUCUCCUAGAAAAGUAGUUCUCCCGUCUCCUUCCCCAAUUCGAAAUUCAAUUUCCCCAUCAAUCUCUUCAUCUUCUUCCUCCGUUACAUCAUCCAAUUCGAUCCCACAGGUCGUUGUAACCCGAGAACGAGGCAAGAACAAACAAAUAAUCAAAGCCCUUGAGAAACAUGGGAUAUCUUCAUUAGAGCUUCCAUUGAUUCAACAUGCUGAGGGACCUGAUUUUCAUCGGCUUGCUUCUAUAUUGAGUGAUAAGAGCUUUGAUUGGAUUAUUAUUACAUCUCCAGAAGCAGGUUCUGUUUUUCUUGAGGCAUGGAAAGCAGCUAGCUCCCCAAAAGUCCAAGUAGGUGUAGUAGGAGCUGGAACAGCCAGGGUAUUUGAAGAGGCAAGACAAUUGACAGAAGGAUUGCUUCAUGUUGCCUUUACGCCAUCAAAAGCAACUGGUAAAGUCUUGGCUUCGGAGCUUCCAGUGAAAGUUGGCAAAAGGUCCUCUGUCUUAUACCCGGCUUCUCUAAAAGCAGGCAAUGAUAUUGAGGAAGGGUUGUCCAAACGUGGGUUUGAAGUUACCAGGCUGAAUACAUACACAACAGUUCCUGUACAAAAUGUUGAUACGGUACUUCUAAAAGAGGCAUUGUCUGCUCCUGUACUUUCGGUAGCUUCACCUUCAGCAAUUCGGGCCUGGCUGAAUCUGAUUCAAAACGACGAGCAAUGGAGCAAUUACGUUGCCUGCAUUGGAGAGACAACUGCUUCAGCUGCAAGACGACUAGGAUUGAAAAACGUCUACUAUCCAGAGAAACCAGGACUUGAAGGGUGGGUCGAGAGCAUCAUGGAAGCUCUAGUUGCUCACGAAGAGUUACACAGAACCAAGUAAAUCUAGUAGAAGCAAUUAAACCACACUUGUUCCAUCCUCUCAUAGUGGAGGACUCUAGAUAGGGACAGUGUCUGUAAUUUAUAAGACAAGGUAAAAGAAACCAAAAUGAUGGUGUUGAUUAAAAAUUCUCGAGCCCCUUUAUAUAUAUAGUGUAGCUUAGUUGCUUUUGUA